AUGCACAGGGUGACCAGGAGGGAUCUGGCAGUAGGCAUGAUCUUCUUAUCACAGACUGUGCUUGGAGUCCUGGGGAAUUUCUCUCUUCUUCGCCAUUAUCUCCUCCUUCACUUUGCUGGGUGCAAGGCAAGGUACACAGAUCUGAUUCUCAGGCACCUGACUAUAGCCAACUCCUUGGUCAUUCUCUCUAACGGAGUCUCCCAGACGAUGGCAGCUUUUGGGUUGAGACAUUUCCCCCAUGAUUUUAGAUGCAAGCUGCUUUUCUUUGUUCAAAGAGUGGCCAGGGGUGUGUCCAUGGAGAGCACCUGCCUCCUGAGUGUCUUCCAGGUCAUCAUGAUCAGCCCCCAGAACUCCAGGUGGGCAGCGCUUAAAAGGAAACCUCCCAAGUACACUGUCCAAUCCACCACCCUGUGCUGGAUCCUGAACAUACUGAUGAAUACCAUUUUUCCUCUUUCUGUGACUGGCAAAUGGAUCAAUGCAAACAUCACGAGGAAAAGUGUUUUUGGACACUGUUGUGCAGUAUUUUACCAUAAACUCACAGCCUCACUGUUUACAGCAUGGCUAUCAUUCACUGAUGUUUUAUCCUUGGGGCUCAUGCUCUGGGCCAGUGGCUCCAUGGUUUAUCUAUACAGGCACAAACAGUGGGUCCGAUACAUUCACACGACCGGUGUCUCCGCCGGGUCCUCCACAGAGUCCAGAGCCAUCCAGAACACCCUUAUCCUGGUGAGCACCUUUGUAUUUUUUUAUACCCUCUCCUCCAUUUGUCAACUUUGUCUGGCUUUUCUAAAUCACACCAGUCAGACGCUGGUGAGCAUGUCUGCAUUCUUUGCUAUGUGUUUUCCUACUCUCAGCCCCUGUGUGCUCUUAAACACAGGUGACUCCAGUAUGUCCAGACUCAGCUUUGCCUGGAUAAGGAAUAACAAAUUAACAAAAACUCCACCCAUCAGUUGGGUGAAUGUGAUGGGUCCCAUGUCCUUCAUCCCGUCUUUCCUCGUCUCCUUGACUUCUGCCUGCCCCAUCCUCUCCACCCAGUCUUUCUGGACAUCCAUCCUGCCACACCGCCUCCAGCCUGUGCCCUUUUGA